CGGGUUUGAGAACACCACAGUGCUCUAGAGCCUCAAAUCUCCACACCUCCUCCAGCGUAUCCCGAACCGGUGCUCGCGGGUCCAGGAUCUUGUCCACAAUGAGCCUCCUGCCCCGCCACUCUGCUCGCAUCCCUGGUCAUUCCGGCUCGCAGUUCACGCUGCUGGCGGUUCUGCUGAUGCUCACCGUGUUGCAGCAUUUAGCUGAAGCUGCUCCUUCAGCCGUUGCUUCCAGAACAGAGCUGCGCUGUGUUUGCUUAACCAUAACUUCAAGAAUUAAUCCCAAAAUGAUCCUUAAUUUGGAGGUGAUCGCGGCAGGUCCACAGUGCCCCACGGUGGAAGUCAUAGCUAAACUGAAGAGCCAGAAGGAGGUCUGUCUGGACCCAGAAGCUCCUUUGAUAAAGAAAAUCAUUCAGAAAAUAUUGGACAGUGGAAAUAAGAAAACUAAGAGGAAUGCACGAGUUCUGGAAAAAUCGUCCAGUAGUCAAUAGAAACAUUUCUGAGGAGUCUGUCUCCAAUGAAGACAAGAAGAAUGAGCUGAAACCCCCCCACCAAUAAUUUUCUUUGUGAACCCCCUGCUUUGAAGAUGAAGUGGAAACUGUAGUCCUGGAAGCUCUCUGCUCAUCUUACAAGUUUAUUUUAGCAAAGCAUUUCCUAUUGUUGUUUCACUAUCUGUUACACUAUUGGAAUAUGUGGCACUUUAGUGUGUAAGCCAAGAAUCAUAGGUUGUUAACCUUUCAGAAUGCCUUGAAUUGAAGGUGACUAUUGCAUUGUGUCUCUAGAAAACGUGUGUGUGUGUGUGUGUGUGUGUGUGGUGUGUCUUGUAGUGUUCAUGAGAAGGCUGUGGAGUUAACAGACCAAUGAAGUUCUGUCAGAAGCUGUUGAUGGAGAUAUGGUCAUCCCUUCUCUCUCAAGAAAUGGGAACUCUUUUGGUGUUGUUUCUUGGGUGUGUUAAGGAGCUUUCUUAACGUAUGAGGCUGGGGUGGCAUGUAACUUUUAUAUUAGAAAGCUGGUAUGUCUUGCAGAAAUCUGUGCAGAAUACAUUCCCUUAUUUAGAAUUUCUAAAAGUGUAAGUUCUAGAAGGGUUAAUGUGUUCUCAUCUUAUAAUUUUAGACAUUUGAUGUCUUCUUAGUAUGGCAUAAUGUCAUGACUUACUCAUCAAGCUGUACACUAUUUAUCAACUCCUUAUUAGUAUUACUAUUUGAUCACGAAGUAUAUAUUUUAGGUAGGUGAAGAAAGUAAGAAGUAGGUAAAAUCCUUACCUAUUUUUCAUAAGAAACACAUUUAAAGGUUAUUUCUAGUGAGAGAAACUUUAGCAAUAUAUAUACACUUAAGAGUUUUGAAAACAUACUUAAUAUGUCUGAAUAUGAACAUAUUGCUUUGCCUCUUCCAAACAUAUGUUUCAUUGCUGAGGUAAUUAGGUGUCUAUAGUGUCUUUUAAAGAAUUUUAUUGCUUUGUUAUAAGGAAAUUAAUGUAUGCAUCAUUACACAUUUUAAGAUUAUACAUUUUAAAGUGUCUCAUUUGUUCAUAUUACUUUUUUGAGAAAAAAUAAAGUAUCUCUAAAUUUCA